AUCUGACAAACCGCUAAUCUAGAGGAGUAAAUAAAUAUCUAGAGGCCAGGGACAGACUCUAGGUUCGAAACAGGAUGCUUAAGUCACUUACUAUUGUACAUCUCUUUAGGGCUAAUUAAACACAUGCCAGGGAUUUAUUCUUGCCCUGUCAAAGCCACUUUAGGCUCUCCAAAAUGUGCAGGUUAGCACAUUCUUGUUGAUGGCCGGUAAAUGAAAUUUCUAGUUGUUGAAGAAAAAAAAAAGUACUAGCUGAAGUAAAUAUCUUUCAUCAUUAGAUCCAUCCAUCAAUAUAUCCUCAAAUUGUAUUUAUUUGAUAUUGCGAAGGUUGAUGUGUUUCCAAUAAAUGGUGAACGUAAAUGUAUUUUCUAUGCAAAAAAGAUGUAAAUGUAUAUUUUUUGAAUGUGUUGACAUAUUUUGGGCGGCGACCAGCCUGCUUCCAACAUUUGGCCCAACCCAAAGAAGAACAUGCCCAACCCUAAGCAGGCAGGCACGAGCUCACUCCACUCGCUAGCCACUACCGCCUCCACAGUCCACACCACUUCGCCGGCCAUGUCAAAUCGCCGUGUCUCGCCGCCGGAGCCGUUCAUCGGCGUCAGCAUGGAGCGGUUUGAGGCCAGCCUGGAGAGCGACGGCUUCGGACCCGGGUCGCUGGGGCCCGGCAUGGACAUGGUGAGGACCGUCGUCCAAUGCUCCCUCCCCAUGCCGCCCGUCUCCCACGCCGCCCCUCUCGCGCUCGCCGGCGCGGCCUGGCUCCCCGGCGGCGCCGACCGCAUCAGCGCCCUCCCCGACCGCCUCCUCCGCGACAUCACCUCCCGCCUCCCCGCCGCGGACGGCGCGCGCACCGCGGCGCUCGCCUCGUGCUGGCGCCCCCUCUGGCGCUCGGCGCCCCUCGUCGUCGCCGACACCCACUUCCUCCCCAACGGCCGGUGGAUCCCCGGUGUCGGCGAGGAGGAUUCGCCCGGGGUCGCCGACCUCGUCACCCGCGCACCCGGGGCCCUUCCGCUGCGUCCACCUCACACGCACCACCAUGGACGCGCACCGGGGCGAGAUCGCGCGCUGGCUCGACGUCCUCGCCGCCAAGGGCGUCCAAGAGCUCGCCUUUAUCAACCGCCCGUGGCCGCUCGACAUCCGCCUCCCCGCCACGCUCUUCCGCUGCGCUGCGCCCCCCUCACCCGCCUCUUCCUCAGCGCAUGGAGGCUCCCGGACACGGCCGCCGUCCCGCGCUCCGCCGCCAUCCCCAACCUCCGGGAGCUCGGCCUCUCCCUCGUCGUCGUGGAGGACCGCGACCUCGCCUUCCUGCUCGACAGAAGCCCCGUCCUGGAUAUCCUCACCGUCAUUCUGUCACAGGUCCCGGUGCGCCUCCGCCUCGUCAGCCACAGCGUGCGCUGCGUCCAGCUCUGCUAUUCCAUCGUGGCGGAGGUCUUGGUGGACUGGUGGUGGACGCCCCUCGCCUGGAGAGCCUCUUGCAGUGGACGGGCCUCACCAGUAUGUCCCGGAGGUGCUGCAGGGUUAAGAUUGUCCAUGCGCCCAAGCUGCGUGUUAUUGGAUACCUUCAGCCAGGAGAACAUGACUUGGAGAUUGGCAACACCUCUAUCAAGGCUGGGACUAAGUUGACCACCAGCACCCUUGUCCCGAGUGUCGAGAUCCUGGCCUUGGAACUUAAAUUCCAAGUCCGCAGUGACCUCAAGAAAGUGCCUAACUUCCUCCCAUGUUUUCCCAACGUCGAGACGCUCCAUAUCCAGUCUGAAAAGGCGUGUGAGGAGCCUACCGGCAAGGUCGGUCUCAAGUUUUGGCUGGAGGGCAGUCCCAUUACGUGUAUCCGGCAGCAAAUGAAGAAGUUGAAAUGAAGUUGCUUUCCUUAAGUUCAUCGCCGAGAAGGCUCGGGUGCUGGAGAAGAUGGUGGUUGUGGUCUACUUGUCUUCGGAGGUUGACGUGAGUGCCAUGCUGAAGCCUCUGACUUGUGCAAAAUGGGCAAAUGAAGCUUGCAAACUCCAAGUAUACAAGAGCAUAUUCAGCUAUGAGUCAUGUCUGGUUUAUGGCGUCAGGCUGGCAUCAGAGGUUUUGCCCGCUGACCCUUUUGACUUGAAAGACUAUUAUGAAUUGCUGCUGUAAGGUUAAUAAUUAGUAGCAUUGUUCCUCUGUUAGAAGACAUUCUGGCAGGUACUUAGAUCUGAUUGUUAUCAGACAACUUGUAUCUAUCUAUCUGCAGUUCAGGUCAUUUCUCUAGCAAGUUGCUUCCGUGAUGUUACAUCACAAAACUUCCGUGUUCCUUGGAAUGUUGGCUGUCUUUAGCUUA